CCUCUUCCUUCAUUCCUUUACUUUCGAAAAAACCUCUUCGCCUUCCAUAAACUUCUUGAGUACGCGACGCUAUAUCACUCCCGACAUAAUGGAUUUGGUUCCGUAUAUUUUUCAUGAACAGCAAGAAGGAAACCUCUGUGCUCAGCACUGCUUGAACGCGCUCUUGCAGGGGCCCUAUUUCACCGCCAUCGACCUAGCGGAACUGGCGCGUCAGUUAGAUCAAAGAGAGCAGGAUGCGCUUGGCAACUCUGGGUCUGGAGCACGGGAGGUCAAAAGCCAGAACAUGGAUGACUCGGGGUUCUUUUCAGUUCAGGUCCUCAGUCACGCAUUAGACAUUUGGAACGUCCAGAUUAUCCCAUGGGGAGCUAAGGAAGUGAGCGACUCCAAAACAGAGCCGGAGCGAGAAAUUGCGUUUAUCUGCAACCUAGAUCAGCAUUGGUACACGUUACGUCGGUUUGGGCCGUCGACACAGCGGUGGUACGAUCUCAACUCAAUGCAUUCUCAACCUAAGCACAUGUCCGCGAUCUAUCUCGGAAUGACACUCUCGCAAUUGGAGAUGGAAGGAUAUUCCAUCUUCGUCGUACGGUCUCUCGAAAAACUCACCACUGACGAAGCUCCUGAUGAGAAGGUUGAGUCCGCAGCAAAGCUUCCACCUGCACCAGAAGUACCAGCGACAUUUGGAUUCCUGAAUGAAAGACAGGAGAUGGAGAGGAUCACAAGGCAGAGGAUUAAAGAGCACGAGCGUGCACCCUCACAACAGAACGUAGCCUCAUCAACAACAAGCUCAGAUCCUGAUACCAGCAACAACAACAAGCGGGCGCUUGUUGAUCAAGCUGGAGAUAAGCAGUGUAAGCGAUUGUCAAAGGAAGUAUUGGUUACCACGCCGUCGUUUUUACCUAGGUGUGAAGCCGAUAUCAUGGCUGCGACGCUUCCUCAAGAGAACUUUCAAAGACCCGGGACAGAAGGGGCCAAGGACGCAUUAAGCAGUACAGGUUAUCGCCUUGGCGGGUUACCUGGUGCUGCAGCUGAUACCUCGGCGCUUCCGCCAGGAUUCUCGUGGGAGGAUACGGAUCUUGGUCAGUCCGAGGGCGAUGGGGAUGCAGAGUGGGAGAUGAUGCAGCAGGCCAUUGCCAUGUCGCUGCAAGGCAGCAAAUAGUAUACAUUGCGCCCCUGGUCGCAAAAUAAACAUACAGAAAAU